AUGGCUGCAGGUUCAUCAACAAAUCGUAUAAGAACGCGAUCGAGCUUUCGGCCUGCAGUUCACUUCUCGCAGUUGACCAACACAAACAUGAAGGCAGCAGUUGCAAUGGUUCUUGCCUGGGUAGCACUGGCCUCGGCGGCACCCCAGGAUGGCUACAACUACCCGACACCCGAGGGCCAAGGACUGCUCCUGCCUGGCACGGGCUCAGGGCAGCAGCAGUAUGCAUCUGUUCCUGCUCAGUAUAGCUUCCAGUGGGAAGUGAAUAAUGCUGCCUCCAACAAUUUCUACGGCCAUAAGGAGCAGAGGGAAAAUGACAACACUCAGGGGAGUUACUACGUGCAAUUACCCGACAGCCGCCGUCUUCUUGUUGAGUAUUUCGCUGAUGCUAGUGGUUACCACCCGACUAUUAGCUUCGAGGGCGAGGCACAGUUCCCCACUGGUUCAGGUCAGGGCCAAGGGUACCCGCAGACUGGCCCUGGAUCUGCUCAGGGUCCUUCGCAAUCCUAUGGGCUUCCUGCUUAA